AUGCAUUUUAAUCUCGUUUUGCCUCUGAAAACGGCUUUGGAGCAGAACCCCAUCAUAUUAAAAAUGGCAAAAGUUUCGAUGUCGGGCACACAUCCACAUUCGUGUCCAAUCUGGCAUGAAGUUUCCACGUUCUCGAUAAACAUUUUUCCGCCCCCGGCAAAAAGGGUGGAAAACAAAGUGAUUAGGAGCUUUGAUCAAUCAAUAGAUUUGCUUCAAGCUACAUACAUCUGCCUAUGUAAUACACCAGGGAAUGACCAAAAGAUACACUAUGCGUACGAAUCUUCACAAUGUGACUAUGGACCGAUUCUGGCCGCAAUGGCAAAGGUCAGGGGAGCCGGAGGACUGCUUCUAGACACCGGUUCCGGGCCGUCAUUCCUGCCACUUCCUGCUCCAGUUCUCGAGCAGGUGGCCGCAGGGAACUCAGAGCCUGGCGUAACGACUCUAAAGUUGCCGGACUCUUUCCAGAAAUCGACCGACCCCGGCGUCCGCGAGGUGGACGUAGAGGUCUGCUUCGUGUGCAAAAAAUGCCGACUGGCCUUUCCGGGCGAGUCGCCUCUACUCACCCACCAGAGACAGUGCUUCGGGCCGAGUCAAGAAUCCAGGGGGGCGUUCAGGAUAGUGCAGACGGGGUUCGAGUGCAAGGCGUGCAAUCGGGGCGAGAGGUUCAAGAGUUUGAUGGAGUUGAGGAAGCAUUGCGAGGGGGCCGAGCAUCAGAGUAGGCCGGUAAGUUCUGUGAUGCCGGCGCCAUCUGAGUCACCUUUGAGUCACGAAAUGGAGGAUGUGGUCAAUCAGAUAACUCUCUUGGCGGCCAGAGCCGCCCAAGAGACCACACCAGUGGUGGUGGAUUCGAACUCGAAUAGUUUUUGUCAACCUACAGAGCCUAAGAGGAGGUAUUUAGCCCCGAAUGACGUCAGCCAGCCUUUAACGACUGGACACUAAUUACCAAACUUGAAUACCGAUUUUGACUAAAGCAAUUAAACGAUGAUGAUUGACUGUACUAUAUAUUUUUAUCAUGUUGACGUUCUGUUACUAUAUUGUAGAUGUGUCAGUGUAGUUGUGUAUAUGUUGUAAAAAUAGUCGAGUAGGUUCGAUGAUUCCUAUUGCAACGUAUAGUUACUAAAAAUUAUUGAAAGUUGCGCGACGCCUGAUGGGGCACGGCUGAUGGCGUCGCGUCUGAGUAUGAUGCAUAAAAAAAAAGAAGAAAAAACUGCGACAUAAAAUGUUCCUAUAACGAGAUGUAGAUAAACUGCAUGGGGCACCCUGCGUUCUGGGGGGACCUCAAGGUCCUCAACGCCGGGCAGCCAGUAAAACAAGUUCCUAUCGGGUAGCGUUCGACAGUUCCUCAAACAACUCGCAACGGACGCGCCCGCUUUUUUAUUCAUUAUUAAUUAUUAUUAUUAAAUUAUUACAAAAAAAUAAACUUUUAUUAUUAUUACUAUUAUUAUUAAUACACUAAUUAUUAAAGUUGAUAAGGCAAAUGCUGUAUUUAUCAUAUGUAUAUGUAUAUGUAACUGAAUAUAUCAGCUGGUACUUAGGCUCCUGUCUUAACCCGACCCUACUAAAACAAGUGAAAAUCUCUUCGAAUGUUGAUGAUGAUUGAAAAAAUAAAAACCUUGUGCCAGCAGUCAAAUUGGUUCCUACUAAUUAAUAAUAAUCGAUACGGUGUUUAAGUAAUAAUAUAGUUAUGUUUUAACAAAAUAAAAGCCGGUUUCCUCCGGCGUUGUACGUAUAUAUAGUAGUAGAUAUAUAUUUAAAAUUUUAAAUAUAUUCUAGGUUUACGUAUCCAAAAUAACUCAAAAUGGGAAGCAACUCACGAGUUACUUCCCGCCUCGCAUAAUAGUGAGUUUCUUUGGAACUAAGUGUGAUUGUUGAUAUAUAGAGCGAAGAAAACUGACGAGUCAAGCUCCAACCCGACAAACCAAAAAUCCCCAACAAUAUCCCCAAAUCGACAAAAAUACCCCCACACAAAGCAACCACUUGACUCGUCACUUGAACUCGCAAAUAGCAUUGCUAAGUGAAUGUGACACGUGGACUACGCACCGCGGACGUAUUACACGAUUAUUAUUACUAUUCAUAAUAUAUUUAUUAUUACAAUAUUAUCGCUGCUGAUAGAGUCGUAAUACUUGUUUUCAUUUACACUACUAAAUUCAAACUGCUGGGCAACCUAUUCGGCCCAAAAUAUAAAACGUGGUUCCUAAUAUAUUUCAUAUCGCUACUGAGGUUUAACGAAAAAGUACUGUUGAAAUUUUAUAUGUUUUCGAUUUCAUUCUACUUUUACAGGGUGGCACUAAAUAAAUGUUUUAAAAAUAUUUUUUUAAUACCGUACAGUAUGCAUUCAAUAUACUGUAUAUGUAUUUGGCACCAGAUGCGUUAAAAUUGCCCGAGCGUUUUUAACGAAUUUUAGCGUUUUCAACGAAUUUUAGCUCAAAUAUUGUUUUUCUGUUGGAUGAUAAUCCACGAAUGUGCUUCAAACCAUGACGUUUAUUUUGCGUCACCCUGUAUAUACCUCGGAUUAUAUUAUAACAAUGUUUAGGCGAUUAGACAAUACUCGUUUACCUGCGCAUAAAAAUUACUAAUACUCUACUUGCAUUUCUCUCACACAUACAACUACUGCCAUAUUGUAGGUUUCAAAAGUUACUAUGAUGAAAAAAUUAUAUUUUUAUUAAUAUUAUUAUAAUUAUACUUAUAUUAAUCUAAAAGUUACUAGUACCGGAGAAAAGUUCCUAUUACAAUAUUAUAUCACUUCAAUAUGGCAGUAUUUUAGCUUUCUAUAAUUACAAAGAUGUUUUGGGUAUCCUUCUCUGCUUUGCAUGCUUUAUUUUUUUUCUAUUAUUGUUUAAUCAAAAUUGGGUUUACUUAUGUGCAAUGGUUUAAUAUUAACACUAGCUUUAAUAUCGCUACAACCCAAUUUUGAUUGGUCUAUAAAUAUUUGUUUUAUUUAUGAAUUUGUUUUACUGGAUUCAACCCUUUUUUGUGGUGCCAAAUUUGGCCUGUAUUGUACGUGAAUUAGCCAGUAUUUAGUAGAGAGGAACAUAUUUUUUGAUAUUGCACACAUCUUUGUAAAUAUAUAACGAAUUUUAGUGUUAAGUGUUGACUCCUUGUAUAAAUUAUUUAUAUGAUUUUCUUCGUAAGACUUGACAAACAGUGAUUUAGGUUAAGUUUUACAUUUUAACUCUCAUUAAUUUAUUUUAAUUAUUUUUGUGAUGUACAUAUUAUUUUAUUAUUUAAGAUGUAAUGAUUUUACUUUUUUUAACAGACUGCGUAUGUUUGAGAGAGUGACGCUUUGCUAUAAUCUGCGCCGCAUAGAACAAACAAAAUCUAUUUGUUUAUAUUGUUGCAAACUAUUUUGUUCGAGAUUGAAGGAUUGUUUUCGUAUGUUUUUGUAUACACUAUAAAUGAAUCAAUAGAAGGAAAUAUCAUAAAUGUUUGGUUACUAUUCGAAUUAUAAAACUGAGAUGAAUAUUAAUAAUAAUACCCUAGGUAAAUGUUUGUAUCCUACGGCUUUAGCCGCUCUCAUUUUGUGAGUGUAUAUGAAAGUCAAAUAAACUACAUAGUUUAUCAUAAAAA